CCCGGCAUGCUGCUUUUGACGCAUAUGAGAAGCAAGCCCUUGAUCGCUUUAAAUUCAUGAAGGCAAUUAGAGCACCGAAGUGGUUCAGAGUGGGACAUUUUGCAGAGUGGCGAGUGGUGAAGUGAGCAGGUACCAAAUGCGGGUGAGUGAUCGGUUGCUGACACACUACUGACUGCCCCUUAAAUUUGUCGCGUCGCGACGAUGCUUGGCUUGCCCUUCUCCACUAUCUGACCGCCUGUCCCACUUGCAUUUACCAACAAUAUAUGCCCUCUCGCCCUCCGAACUCGACAGAUGAGGAAGAAGAGCAACCCCUCAAGAACACGGCUAAAACAUCACGACUCCACAACGAGGGUAUCUCUUCCGGCAAUAUUGUGAAGGGCAAGCGCAAAGCAAAACCCACGAAAAAGCAAGAAUCCAAUGAGAGGGAUGACGGUGAGCGACUGAAGACACAGCUUGAAAAAGCAAAGAAACUACUGCGCAAGUACAAGACGGCAGCAGAGCAAACUGGAGGCGAUGGAUCGGAGGAAGGUGAUUCGGAUGGAUCACUCGAAGAAGAGGAGGAGACGUACAAAUCACCAUUCUUCUCCAAAGGGGUUGUCUCUGUCGAACAGCCCAAGCAAAAGCGUCCUGCUCUUCCGAAGCUCAGCGCAGCAACUUCCAAGCCAUCCGGCAUAUCUCCACCUCAAGUUGCCACCACCUCCUCGACCACCGACAAGUCCACCAGAGAACGCUCCAUGCAAGAGUAUACAACGUCUUCUGCAAGCCAGCAAGAGCUGCGGCCAGAGCCAAGACAGAAAGAUCUGCCACAACAGUCCUGUUCUCGUUCCCAUUCUCUCUCUCGCUCUCGCUCGCGCCCCCAUUCUCGCUCUCGCCCCCGUUCUUCCUCUCACUCGCGCCCCCAUUCUCGCUCUCGUUCGCGUCCUCGCUCACGCUCCCAUAGACGCCGCUCGCGCAGCCGUGUUUCCAGGCGUGUCUCCAGUUCAAGCUCGCACCCACCAUCAGAAUCCCAAGCUUCACUUCCUCCACCCUCGCCCUCCCUGCCCGCCACCAGCAGGCUGCCUUCACCAGACCUAGAAGACAUUUCAUUCAGUCGUCGCCAGACAGAACAUCAACGUUCUCGGGACAUGCCACGUUAUCAUCGACCUUCCAGCUCACGCUCUCGUAUCUGGGACGAUAGCGGGGUAUGGUCAGACCUUGACCCUUUACAUGACCAACACGACCGACGCUCCCGUUCCCGCGACCGACUCCAUGCGCAGCACUCGCAGCCCCAUCAACACUUGUCCCGGUCGACUCAACUUCCUCGUAGCAAAUCUCCUGCUCGCAAACGUCGACGAUCUCGUUCACCAUCACCCGAACCCCAACCGAUCCUCUACAGGGAUGAUAAGAUUGCGCCGCCGCCUUCCAAUGUCAUGCCAAAGGCCAGUGAUUACAGCAAGACUAUCGAGGAGCUGAUCAAUCGUGCUGUUCAGAAGCUUACUGUCAAGCUGUACACUGUCGACGCCUUCCCCUCUGAUGAGCUGGUCAAGGAGUGGUCGCAGGAGUGCUGGAUUGUCACCUGCCGGGCGGCACGAAAGAAGUUUGCACCGCAGGAGGGAAAUGCCCGAAUCAUAAUUGCAGUGCGUCACUUGAUUUGUCUCUCUUGA